GCAAGUCUUUCUCUUCCCGCCAACCAGUCAGUCAAUUACUUCCCUUCCGUCUCUAUAGCCUCCAUGAGCCGAGGCGGCAGCCGAGAGGUGGAGCAGAGGCUCCUCCGCCUCCUCCACGGCCGAGACACCCGAACCCGCCUCCGUGAAAUCCAUGGUCACUUCCUUCGCCACAGCCUGCACCACUCCAACCAGCUCCUUGCCCAUUUCGUUUCCAUAUGCACCUCCCUCAACAAAAUGCCUUACGCCAACCGCGUGUUUGGGCAAUCCGCCAACCCCAAUAUCCUUCUCUUCAAUUCCAUGAUCAAGGGCUACUCCCUUUGUGGUCCAUUCCAUGAAUCCAUUACGAUGUUUUGCAACAUGAAAAGACGCGCCAUUUGGCCCGACGAGUUCACCUUUGCGCCUUUGCUAAAGGCGUGUGCCAAUCUUCGUGAUCUUUAUUUGGGUUUUAAGGUUUAUAAAGAAGUAAUUGUUCUUGGGUUUGAAAGAUUUGGAUCGAUCAGAGUAGGGGCCCUUGAAUUGUAUGUGAAUUGUGAGAGACUGGGGGAGGCGAAGAGGGUGUUCGAUGAGAUGUCUCACAGGGAUGUUAUAGUUUGGAACUUGAUGAUUCGUGGGUUUUGUAGCAGUGGGGAUGUAGAAACAGGAUUGAGUUUGUUUAGGCGAAUGGGUGAAAGGAGUGUAAUUUCUUGGAAUACGAUGAUCUCUUGUUUGGCGCAAAGCAGGAGAGAUGAGGAUGCUUUAGGGCUUUUCCGUGAGAUGUGGGAUCAGGGGUACGAGCCUGAUGAGGCAACUGUAGUGUCAAUUUUGCCAGUUUGCGCUCGUAUAGGCGAAGUUGAUAUCGGAAAGUGGGUUCACACUUAUGUGGAGUCAAGCGGUCUUUAUCGAGAUUUUGUGUCAGUGGGCAAUGCUCUAGUAGAUUUUUAUUCUAAGUGUGGGGAACUGGAGAGAGCUCUUGAAGUUUUUAAGGACAUGCCUCAGAAAAAUGUGGUUUCUUUGAAUUCGAUGAUCUUAGGUUUGGCUUUCAAUGGAAAGGGUGAACUUGGAGUUGAAUUGUUUGAGGAGAUGACAGGUCAUUAUGGUCUAAGCCCCAAUGAUUCAACUUUUAUAGGGGUGUUAGCUUGUUGUGUCCAUGCUGGUCUGCUGCAAAGAGGUAGAGGUUUCUUUGCUUCAAUGGUAAUGGAUCAUCAUAUCCAACCAAAACUUGAGCACUACGGAUGCAUGAUUGAUCUGCUCGGGCGCAGUGGUUGUGUGAAGGAGGCUUAUGAAUUGAUGCAAACAAUGCCAAUGAAGCCAAAUGCUGCUUUAUGGGGUGCUCUACUUAGUGCAUGCCGCACUAAUGGUGAUAAGGAGCUUGCUGAGAAUGCAGUUAAGGAGCUUAUCAAUCUUGAACCAUGGAAUUCAGGCAAUUAUGUGCUAUUGUCCAAUAUUUAUGCGGAAAGAGGUAAUUGGAGAGGGGUUGAGGAGGUAAGAAUAUUAAUGAAAGAAAACUGUGCUGAUAAAAUUGUGGGACAGAGCAUGAUUGGAUAAUUACACGGAGACAUGUGAAGACCUGGUUCUUGCUAUAUGUUGAACUCUGAAAUCAGGAGUCUUUGCAUCUAUAAUGUUGUUCGAAGUCAGAGCGGACAUUCUACAAACCUAGGAAGAAUUUGUGGAGCUUCGGUUAUGAGUUCAGCAGAGCAUGAUGGGAAAUUUCUUGCUUUCAUCCUUCUGAGGCCAAACCGUUACAGCUCUGGAACUCUAAUGUUCUUCUGAGAGGUUUAUGUCGAGAGACAAAUAUGGAUGGCUAAGCAGAUGCUGCUCAGAAGGAGAUAUGUCCCCGCACCAAAGAAGGAGCCAUUGAUCGCCCCUAAAACAGUAGCUGAUUGAAAGCCACAAACAAUCGAUACCAAUAAAGCAGCAGAAGAGAAGAAAAAGCCCGUCGCAUUAAUAACUUAUGCUGUUGAGGGGGAUCUUCUCUCUAAAUGAAAUAUAAUGACUACUUAUAAGUGAGGUUUCUUUUUUUUUUUUUUGGGUGAAAUAUAAGUUGCAUUCAUCCAAGAAUAUUUACAAGCUAUUCCAGGCAUACCCGGAGAGGGACAAUGAAUCCACGUUAUGGAGAGUUCCAAGAGGAGCCUCUUAUAAGUGAGUUUUUGU